UGCGUGUGAAGGGAAAGGAUUGGGUCCAGUAGUGUGCCUGAGUCUAUAAAUAGGAAGCCCAUGUGUGUGUGGAGGAUUAAACUGUAUUGAAACAAUAUUCUCUCUGAAAUCCCAGAAUCCUUUCCCCCUCUCUCCAAGUCCGAGUUCUUCGCUGUUCUAACCCAGUUCUUUCCAAUUCUAACUCUGAAACUUCCUAUCUCUCUUUCCCUCUCACGAUUGCUCGUAACAUCUUGGUAUCAGAGCCGUUUCCAUCCCGGAGAAGCCAAAGUUUCAGACUCGGUUGCAACUUCAAGUGGACGCCAUGGAGAAGCAAGCUGGGGAAUUCGAGAAGAUGCUCGAGGGAAUCCAGAACGCCAUCGACGCCGUGGUGUUGAAGCAGGACGAGACACAGGCGGUGGUGCUCAAGUUGGAUCAAGCGAUGACCAGUCGGCGACCACAAGUGGAUGCAGCAGUCAAGGGACUUCGAGCUAAGAUGAACGAGCUGAAGAAUCAAGUGGUGAUCCUGGAAAAAUUUCGCGGCGAGUUUGGCAAUUCGUCGAACAUGUCGCGUGUAGUAGCUUCAUCAGCACAGAGGCGGAGCGACGAGGUUGAUAGACCUCUUCCUCUGCUUCCCACGCCCGCGUCGUUCAUCGCAUUAACGUCGGCUGGUGAUUCGGGCCCAGAUGUCCACCGCGUUGCCACAAAUCACCGGGGGAAAGCACUGGGAGUUGUUACUCCUUCUGUGCUACCUCCGGUCACGGGUACGACCUGUUCUCCUUUUAAUUCUCGUUCUGCUAUGGAUUCUUUUUCUCGGGAUGAGAUUGGAGUUUCGGAGGAGCGGGGUUAUAAUCAUCGGGUGCCGAAGUUGGAUUUUCCACAGUUUGAUGGGGUGGAUCCGCAGAAUUGGCGUAUGAGAUGCGAGCAUUAUUUUGGGGUUUAUGGUACUCAUCCUAUGCUUUGGGUUCGUGUGGCCACCAUUUUUUUCAUGGGAAGAGCAGCAUCGUGGUUGCGUUCUUCAAAGGCUCAUUUGCGUUUUGGGGAGUGGACUGAAUUUUGUUUAGCAGUGGAUAGAAAAUUUGAUCGUGAUAGGCAUCAGAUGUUAAUUCGUCAGAUAGAGCAGGUUAAGCAAAUGGGGUCGGUGGAAGAGUUUUAUGAGCGAUUUGAUGAUUUGAUGAACCAGUUGCUAGCCUAUGAUCCUAUGUACAAUCCUCUUACGAUUGUGCAUAGGUUCACUGAGGAAUUACGAUCUGAAAUUCAUCAUGCUGUUAUGUUACAACGACCCCGCGAUCUCGAGACUGCUCUUGCCGUUGCUUGUUUACAGGAGGAAUGGUUGGAAACUCAGAAGCCGAAGGAAUUUCGCAAAGUGGGGGAUAAUGUGCAGCAUGUUAAGGGAGCUUAUCCAUUGCCUUUACCACCAUCAAAAGUGGAAUCAUCUCCAUUGCUGCUAAAUUGUCUUCUGAAUCUAUCAAGUCCAAUUUAAUUACUGACAAGGUGCGGGCACUCAAGGCUUU